CAAAAUAAAAACUCCACCUCAACUCACGACUUUUAGCCAUAAUACCUCUCGCUUUAAUAUUAUUCACCAGUAGCGUACAGCGCUAUAGUCAGUAAACUACAACAAUAAUGGUAGGAUUAUUCACCAGCUCUUUGCUCUACGGUAAUUGGUCAGCCCCUUCACGGCAGCCAUAAACGCCUUCUACGCUUUUUUCGAUAGACUUGAUUGAUAAAAAGCUGUCGGCACCAGAUCUCUUGCUUGUUCCACUUUUUCUGUACUCAACUUAAAUUCUGACAACAGAUCUCACCUCACAUCUUUUAACUUCUUCUACUUCUUCUUCUUCUUCUUCUUCCUCCUUUCAGCUCCAACCUUCAACAUUUUUACACAUGGAUUCUGAGCAGAGGCGUAAACGAAAGCGUGUCUACAGACCAUACUCACGCGCCCAGUACUUGUCUGUAAGGUCUCUAAUCUUGUGUUGUUCUUUCCUUGUGUUUUUGUUGUGCUUGUCUUCAGAUCGGUUACCGAUUCGAGCGGUGUCGUUUAAGCCUGUUUUGAGUGUGCCUACUAUUUCGCUUUUGCCGAGCAAUUCAGUACAGGAUUCUUUCAAUCGUAGAUUUAAGUUGUUUCCUUUAGCAGUAGAUGAGAGAGUGUUGUUUCCUGACCACCUUUUGUUAAUGGUGUCUAAGAAAAUUGCUCCUACUCAGACUUUGGAUUGUAUUUACUAUAAAAGCUUGAAUUCUUCAGAAGAAGCGACUGUGAAAAUAAAGCCUUUGUUGUCUAUUGAUGAAUAUGAUGAGUUUAGAUGGGUGGCGAGGUGCCCACUUCCGCCUGUCAAUUAUUCAGCCAUUGUUGAUUUGAAGCGGCAGGAAGUUGUGGCUGGCCGUGGUUGGUCUUUGAGGCGCAAUGAGACGGUUCAUUCCUGGAAGAAAAUGGCUUAUGCAGCUGUAUUGGAUGGAAAGACAGUGCUUGUGUUUGUUAAAGGAUUAAAUCUUCGUCCCCAUAAAGAGUCUGAUCAUACCCUUCUUCGAUGCCAGUUUGCUUUAGGAAGUGGGGGAAAAAAUGAAGGAUUUGUGCUAAUGACUGAUGCAGUUGCUGCUGCACAAGAAGUUGUCAGGUGUUUAUUGCCGCGUAGUAUAAGGCAAAAUCCAAGUAGGGCUCAAGGAAUUCGAGUUACAGUUGUUCGUGUUAAUUCGAAUGGGCGAGCUCUGGGUGUAGGAGAUCGGAGGUCUAUGGUUUCUGUGGCCAGAAUUCGAAGUUCCAGACUCUACGGGCAGAGGCGACAUCAGAGAAUUUACAAAGACUAUGUUCCGAUCCCGUCUGUGGCAAAAAUUUACAAUUCCAAUUACUACCAGCUGAAGAAGAAUAAGAGGAAGUAUGAGCUUUGUGUGUGUACCAUGCUGUGGAAUCAGGCGUCUUCUAUAAGAGAGUGGAUUAUGUACCAUUCUUGGCUUGGGGUUGAACGCUGGUUCAUCUAUGAUAACAACAGUGAUGAUGGCAUUCAAGAUGUGGUUAAAGAGCUCAACCUGCAAAAUUAUAAUGUCAGUAGGCACAACUGGCCAUGGAUUAAAACCCAGGAAGCAGGUUUUUCGCAUUGUGCUUUAAGAGCAAGAAAUGAAUGCAAGUGGGUGGGGUUCUUUGAUGUUGAUGAGUUUUUCUACUUUCCUCGUGAUCAUAGAAGGGGGCUUCCAGGACAAAAUUCACUACAAUCUUUGGUUGCUAAUGUUUCAUCUUCAAAGACAGUUGCAGAGAUUAGAACUUCAUGUCAUAGCUUCGGGCCAUCUGGCUUGAGCUCGCAUCCGGUGGAAGGUGUGACCGUAGGCUACAGUUGCCGGCUUCAAAGCCCAGAGCGGCAUAAGUCUAUCGUUCGCCCAGAUUUGCUCAAUGCUAACCUUCUCAAUGUGGUGCAUCACUUUCGCCUGCAAGCAGGUUAUAGGUACAUGAAUAUGCCUGAAAACAUUGCUGUGAUAAACCACUAUAAAUAUCAGGUCUGGGAAACUUUUAGAGCCAAGUUUUACAGAAGAGUUGCUACCUAUGUUGUUGAUUGGCAAGAGAACCAAAACACAGGGUCAAAGGACAGGGCUCCAGGGUUAGGGACCAAAGCAAUUGAACCUCCGAAUUGGCGGCUACAGUUCUGUGAAGUUUGGGACACCGGCCUCAGAGACUUUGUCUUGGCUAACUUUGCUGAUCCCGCCACUGGAUCCCUGCCCUGGGAAUGAGAAAUACGCAUACGGGUGCUUGCAGUUUGGUGCCCCUGUAAAACAGAGGAAUCACACGAGAAGCUAUAUUCAUUCUUUUCAUUAUUUUUUUACCCAUUCUGUAUCUUAAUAUUUUGGUUUCUAUAGGGUGAGAAAAUAUAGGGCCUUACACUUUGUAAAUUCAUGACAGCAAGAGAUGAUUUUUUUUUUUUUUUAAAAUUUUGCCCUAUGUUUGUUAUGCUUAUUGACAGAUUUAUUGAUUCAUGUCUCCUGUCUGGUUUGUAUUAAAAGGUACUGAAGGAUACCUUAAUCCAA